AUGACAACGAUCACUAAUCGACAUCCAUUACAAAAAACUAAAGUGGUUGUUGCACAAUCCCGUGAAGAAUGGACAACCAGGGAGAAGCUGAUCUUAGCUUCUGCUGUUCUACGUAGUGGUGAUCAAAAUUGGGUAUCUGUUAGUAGAGCCAUAAAACCAUUAAUGGAUCGUAAGCGAGGACCCGAGUUCUUUUCGCAAAAGAAUUGUGCUGCCCAGUAUUCCAAGAUGUUGGAAAAAGUCUCAACACCAAAGAGAAAGAGAAGUAAUCUUGGUGGUGCAGAAACACCUGGUGAACAAAUUGUUCGGCGUCUAACGUACGACCGCAUAGAAGAAUUAAAAAGAGCGAUUAAUGAUGAUCAUGCUACUUACCGGAAGUUAAAAAAAGAGGAGCAGAAAAUGAUUAGUGGUAAAUUAGAUUCUAGCUUACCAGCAAUAUGGAGUGAAAUUCAAGCACAAAAAAGAGCCGCAAAAGAAGCCGAUGAUAUCAUUGAAUCAGUUGAAGUAACGACUCCUGUGCAUGAAGAAAGCACGACAGAAUUGAUCAAUUCUUCGCCUACUGAAGAUAAUAAAGUUGAAGUAGAAGUGCAGCAAGAGAAGUCAUCGCCCGGUGAAGAACCUACGGAAAGUGAUAAUAGCAAGUUAGAAGAUCGCCUUGUAGAUACAAAUGUUACUGCUACUAGCAGUGUUACAGGCAAUUUAGAUGACGCUGGCAAAAGCGAAAGAUCUUCACAAUCACCACAAGAUGCUGUUAAAGAAACUGAUCAGUCUGACGAGAAAUCUGACGCAACGACCACGGAACAAAGCACACCCCAAAAUUCGCAAAAAAUCGAAGCAACUUUAGCUGCUACAACUGAAAUUGCUAUUGAUAGUAAAGAAGAAGAAGAUAGUAAUAGUUUGUUAGAUAAGGAUGACUCAAAAGAAUCACCUGAGGAGGAAGAAUCGACACCGAUUUCAGAGGAAGUGGAAGAUAAAACAAUCACAACAAUUUUGCAGCAAGCUGUCUCGACUUUGCAUGGAUCGACGACUGAUAGUCAGACAGUGACACGGUCACCCUUAAUUGCAAGCUUAUUAGUGGAGCCUUCCAAAUGUGGGAAACAGUUAAUUUCUACACAAUUUCCUUUUAAAGCAGAACCGUUUAACGAACAAUUUAGUAAGGUACUCGAUGAGUUAAAUAAAGAAAGUGCUGCUGCGGAACAUCCGCAUUUACAGUAUUAUUGGUCACGAAAUACAUAUGAGGAAAUAAUCCAACAAUUAUCUGGAAUGUCGUCAGAUCAGAGGAUGCUGCUUAUGAAUACAGUUAUUACUGGAGAGGCUAGAGCAGGUCCUGAAUCAUCUACGGUAGACUCAAAGUCAGGAAUACAGUCGUUGCCAUCAACAAAUUUCGAGAAUGAAUCUGUUGGUACUGUCGCUAGUAGGUUAUCCGAUAUUUUUAAAACCGGUAAUUCUUCAUCAAGAACUGCUGCAGCCGCUGCAACAAUAGCGGCGUUCCUCGGAGAUAGUAAAAGUGAUGCCAAUACCAAGGAAAGCAGUCCACAGCAAUGUACUGUUAAUACUUUCAAGCCUAUAGACGACAAAGCAACUACACCGGAGAAAGAUAUCAAAACGGAAUUCCAGGAUGAAGAAUCGGACCAAUUAUCAGAGAAUAAAUUUAAGAAUGUGCAAGCUAGUACUGAAUCGGCGGUAGUCGAUGUAGAAACUGUAGAUCCAGAACCACCAGCUUUACGAGAAUCUCCAACGUUACGCGUAACCCGGUCAUCUCAACAAACUCGAGGCACUGCGAAAUUGACUAAAGAAAAGAGCAAAAAACCUGUCAAAAGCUUGAGAAGAAGUAGAAGAUCAAAACCAAAGUCGUCGUCUACAGCUGAUCAAGAAUCGAUUGAAGGCGACGAAGAUAAAGAUAGCCUUGCUGAAGAUGAUAGUAUAAAACACGAUGAAUCCGAUGACGACCGAAAAUCGAGAUCGUCGGAUUUAACAUUUGAAGACGAUCCUCGAGAAAUCCAUGAAAGUUGUGAACAUGUUCUACGUCGACGGACAGGAAGUGAUUCAUUCCCAUCUAGCCCUUCCUCUAUUUCUCAAAGUGAUGACUUUGAGAGUACUCAAACCAGAAAAAAUUGGAAAAAAGCAAUAAUGCUUAUGUAUCGAGAGACAGCAGCUUUAAAAUGUGCUAGUAUAUUUCUGCAUCCUGUGACUGAUGAUGAAGCACUGGGAUAUCAUGAAAUUGUAAAAAAACAUCAAAUGGCGGAAGAAAUGUUUAGUGAUUUUGAUGAGCGUUUUCAGGAAAUGGCGCAGACUUCGGAAAAUAAAAUUCUAAGAGCAUCAGGUGGUUUGCGUCGAGGAGAGCAUGUCACUAAGGGCGAAGGCCGUGGAUUACGACGUGGGCCACCUGAAAAUAUAGACCAAAUAGUAAUUAUAAUCAAUGAGCUUGUUACCUACACCAUUGAAUGUAUUAAAAGUUGUUAUGGAUUUCUUGUUGUACAAAGGACAUAUCCUUAG